AUGGCGGACAUUCUUACCCAGCUCCAGGAAGCGAUGGACACGCUCUGCACCAUGUUCAUCGCUGGCUUCUACUACGUCGAGCGCCACCACGACCUUGAGCAAUUCGGCCCCAACGACAAGAUUCCAGACCUCAAGGCGGACCAGCCCAAAGAAGUGGAAACGCUCGACCCGCAAAUCUUCCAGGCCGGCCAGGCCGAGAUCGCCACCGACCUGGUUAACCACGCGCGGCUGAUCGAGGCGCUCGUGUCGGCGCUGCCGGGGCUCGAGAACAGCGAGCGCGACCAGCUGCAGAUGAUCCAGGACUUGGAGGAGGAGAUCGCCGCGCUCGAAGCGCAGCGUCUGGAGGCGGUCAAGGAGAAGGAAGAGGUGCUCUCGCAGCUGGACAGGCUGCUGAAGACAAUAUUGAGGGAGUGA